CCUUCAAUUGGAGGAGAGCUUCAACCCACCCGACCGAGAGCAGCAUCGUCACGUCCACCUGGGUGAAGUUUACUCUAUCUCGCCAUUGGAGAGGCACCCGUCGUUCUUGUUCCUAGUACACAAGAAUGGCCUCCUUUCCGGCCGCUGUGCGGUCUAGCCGAAAACUGGCGCUCAGCCUUAACAACCGGGCCCGUCACAUUUCCGACCUCACAAUCUCUCGCACCGGGAAGCCUAUCAUGCGUGUCCAGGGCGGCCGGUCAGCUCUCGGAGGCCAUGUUGCAACCGUAUUUGGCGCAACGGGGCAACUCGGGCGAUACAUUGUGAACCGAUUAGCCCGCCAGGGAUGCCAGGUUAUCGUUCCCUAUCGUGAGGAGAUGGCCAAGCGCCAUCUCAAGGUUACUGGUGAUCUUGGCCGUGUCGUAUUUAUCGAAUACGAUCUACACAACACCGAAUCUAUCGAGGCCAGCGUGAGGCAUUCCGAUGUCGUUUACAAUCUCAUCGGCCGUAACUAUCCUACCAAGAACUUCAGCCUUGAGGAUGUCCAUGUUGAGGGAACUGAGAGAAUCGCCGAGGCUGUCGCGAAGUACGAUGUCGACCGCUACAUCCAUGUCUCUUCUUACAACGCCGAUCCUAACUCUCCGGCGAGCUUCUUUGCAACCAAGGGAAGGGGAGAGCAGGUCGCCAGGAGUAUCUUCCCGGAGACUACGAUCGUGCGACCUGCGCCCUUAUUCGGCUUCGAGGACAACCUCUUGAUUCGGUUGGCCGGUGUCACCAACCUUUUCACAUCAAAUCACAUGCAGGAGAGAUAUUGGCCUGUCCACUCGAUCGAUGUUGGCCAUGCCCUUGAGCUCAUGAUGUACGACGACAACACAGCUAGUCAGACUUUUGAGCUUUACGGUCCGAAGAACUACUCUACAGAAGAGAUCGCUGAGAUGGUAGACCGUGAGAUCUUCAAGAAGCGGAGACAUAUCAACGUUCCCAGGUCGAUCCUAGAGCCUGCUGCUGGUCUACUCAACCGUCUGCUAUGGUGGCCGAUACUUUCUGCCGAGGAUGUACAGAAAGAAUUCAUCGAUCAGAAGAUCGAUGAGACAGCCAAGACCUUCGCGGAUCUCGGUAUCACGCCUGGUGAUAUUAGCAACUACACUUAUCACUACUUGCAAGGAUACCGCAGCGCGGCAUUCUACGACCUGCCGCCAGCGACAGAGAAGGAGAAGAGGGAAGACCGGAAGUACAUUCACGUCACAGACGGAGCAUAGAGGAGCAGAUCUCAAGUGGUUUUUUAAGUUCGCCGGAGACCUAGAUGUAACAAAUGUACAUAUAAACUCUAGACAAAUAGUUUCCUGACUUGAAGAUUCCGAAUUUUAUUUGUUCAAAUUCUAA